CGUCCUCAUCUCCCCCAACCGCACAAACCAGGACGCUCGCCACGCGCCCCUCCGCCGCCGCUCUUCGAGAUGCUUCCUCCUAGGGUUGCGCCGCCGUCCACCCCGGCCCUAGCCCCCGCCGUCGCUGCCAAGCUGCUGCUCCCUGCCGCCGCGUCCGCGAGGACGGCGUGCUGCAGGGCGGCGGCGGCGGGGAAAGGGGGCAACAAGGAGGUGCUCAGCGGGGUCAUGUUCCAGCCCUUCGAGGAGGUCAAGGCCGGGGAGCUCUCCCUCGUGCCGCAGGGACAGGGCCAGUCCCUCGCCAGGCACAAGUUCCUCGACGACUGCGAGGCCGCGCUCAACGAGCAGAUCAACGUGGAGUACAAUGCCUCGUACGCCUACCACUCCCUCUUCGCCUACUUCGACCGCGACAACGUUGCUCUCAAGGGCUUUGCCAAGUUCUUCAAGGAAUCCAGCGACGAGGAGAGGGAGCAUGCCGAGAAGCUCAUGGAGUACCAGAACAAGCGUGGAGGGCGGGUCAGGCUCCAGUCCAUCGUGACACCCUUAACGGAGUUCGACCAUGCCGAGAAAGGCGAUGCUCUGUACGCUAUGGAGUUGGCUCUGGCUCUUGAAAAGCUGGUGAAUGAGAAGCUGCACAACCUGCACAGCGUAGCUACAAGGUGCAACGAUCCGCAGCUGACCGACUUCGUCGAGAGUGAGUUCCUUCAGGAGCAGGUUGAGGCCAUCAAGAAGAUCUCCGAGUACGUCUCGCAGCUGAGGAGAGUCGGCAAAGGACAUGGGGUGUGGCACUUUGACCAGAUGCUGCUCGAGGAGGCGGCCUGAAGGGAUCAGCCUUUGCAGGGGAAGAGGAUGUAGGUGUCAACGUAGUGGAUCAAACACGCAACCAAGCAACCGGUGGAUGUGGUUCUGAAGGUCUUUUGCAGCGGGUCUUGUCUGUAGGAUGCAUACAUAUUAUGCUGCUUUGUGUGUCUGGGAUUCGAAAUAAUAAAAAGACCUAGGGUGAGAUUGUGUUAAUGGCCGUAGGACAACAGCGUGCACGUCUUGCUGGGCACAUCUGUAGACAAGAACUUUGUGCCGCGCGACAAGUCAAGACCCCAUUUUGUACUUCCUCUGCUUUCUCGGUCCAACAAAAUAUGUCUCAAGUUUGUCAAAA